CAUGUAUGAUUUAUCUAAAAAACAAAUAUGGCCGAAGAGAAAACGAAAGAAGAAAACCUCCAGAAAGACAGAGAAGAACAAAGACACCAGAGGAUAAACAGCAUUAUAAAAACAUCAAACAUCUUGUACAGCGGCAAACAAGACUCUCAUAUGAUAGAAGUAGAGGUGGCUGAGGAAGUGAAGGAGCCUCCACCCCCUGACGUGGUGCAGCUAUGUCGUGAAACAUUCCAAAAGUCAGCAGAGUACCUGCACGGUGAACUUGAAGGGACAAUUGAAGACUACAAACUCUUGGAGACUCUUAAUAAAAUCACGAUCACAAAAUAUACCGAUAUGAAAGAAUUUACUGAAAAUAUUAGUAGAGGACUGCAGGAGCUCAAUGAAAAAUACAGCAAUCUUCAUCCAUUCCUAGAGCAAAUAAACCAGAUUGAUGAAAAUGUGACUGCAUUGGAGCAAGCCGCAUACAAGUUGGACAACUAUUCCAAAAGACUAGAGAGUAAAUUUAAAGCAUUGGAAAAAAGAUGAAGUGGAAGAGCAACUGUACAUGUAUAAUGUUAAUACAACUUUAUUGUGCAAUAUCAUUAUGGAAUACUGAAUUUUUUCAUCUUUACCAAAUUUCUUGUAUUUGUUGUUUUACACAAAUAAAAGUUUAUUUUUAA